AUGGAGGAGGAGAUGCAGCCGGCGGAGGAGGGGCCCAGCGUCCCCAAAAUCUACAAGCAGCGCGGUCCCUACAGCGUCCUCAAGACGUUCCCCAGCAAGAGACCCGCGCUGGCCAAGCGCUACGAGCGACCCACCUUGGUGGAGCUGCCGCACGUGCGGCCGCCCCCGCCGCCCUUUGCGCCGCACGCCGCGGUCUCCAUCAGCAGCGGCGAGCCGCCGCCGCCGCCGCAGCCGUUCCAGGCGCAGAGCUCUUACCCCGCCGGGCCCGGCCGGGCCGCCGCCGCCGCAUCAUCGUCGUCUCCUUCGUGCACGCCCGCCGCGUCCCAGGGCCACCUGAGGACUACGGCGGCGCCGCCCGCGGCCCCCGCCGCCUCAUCUUCCUCUUCUUUCGCUGCCGUCGUCAGGUACGGCUCGGGCCCGGCGGCCGCCUCGGGCAGCAGCAGCGCGGGCGGCGACGGCGCCAGCCUGGAGCUCAGCGCAGAGAGCCGUAUGAUUUUGGAUGCUUUUGCUCAACAAUGCAGCCGAGUCCUUAGCCUCUUAAAUUGUGGAGGAAAGCUUCUGGACUCCAGCCAUUCUCAAUCCAUGAUUUCUUGUGUAAAGCAGGAAGGCUCAAGUUACAUCGAAAGACAGGAGCAAUGUCCUGUUGGCAAAGGGGUCCACAGUCAGACCUCAGACAAUGUAGACAUAGAAAUGCAAUAUAUGCAAAGGAAACAACAAACUUCUGCCUUCUUGAGGGUUUUCACUGACUCCCUACAAAACUACCUGCUCUCCGGGAGCUUUCCGACUGCAAACACCUCCUCCGUCAGUGAGUAUGGCCACCUGGCGGAUGUGGAUCCUCUGUCAGCAUCCCCUGUGCACACACUAGGUGGCUGGACCUCCCCAGCAACAUCCGAAUCCCACGGUCACCCAUCCUCUUCUACAUUGCCUGAGGAGGAAGAGGAAGAGGAAGAGGAGGGCUACUGUCCUCGAUGCCAAGAGCUGGAGCAAGAGGUGAUUUCACUGCAACAAGAAAAUGAAGAGCUCAGAAGGAAGUUAGAGAGCAUCCCAGUGCCCUGCCAGACGGUUUUAGAUUACCUGAAGACGGUGCUGCAGCACCACAACCAGCUCAUCAUGCCACAGCCCGCCGACCAGCCCACCGAGGGAAGCAAGCAGCUGUUGAACAACUAUCCGGUCUACAUAACGAGCAAACAGUGGGACGAGGCUGUAAAUUCUUCAAAGAAAGAUGGGAGGCGGCUCCUUCGAUACCUCAUCAGAUUUGUUUUCACAACCGAUGAGCUUAAGUACUCAUGCGGCCUUGGGAAAAGGAAAAGGUCAGUGCAGUCAGGAGAGACAGGUCCUGAAAGACGCCCUCUGGAUCCAGUUAAAGUAACAUGCCUCCGAGAAUUCAUUAGGAUGCACUGUACCUCCAACCCCGACUGGUGGAUGCCCUCGGAGGAACAGAUAAACAAAGUGUUCAGCGACGCUGUGGGUCACGCCCGGCAGGGGCGGGCAGUGGGGACUUUCCUGCACAACGGAGGCUCAUUUUAUGAAGGGAUCGAUCACCAGGCUCCCCAGGAUGAAGUCUUCAAUAAAAAUUCCCAGGAUGGGUCUGGUGAUUAG